CCUUCGGCAGAGUGCUGCUGGCAGAGCCAGAAUUUGCGGCUAUUAUUCGGGGUAGUUGCAAUCUGCUGCCAGUUAGAUCGACAUCAUGUCUCCUGGAACGAUCAGUGUGUGGAUUCUUGUCCUGUGGAUUAGUUGCUGCGAGCUGGAACCAGCCUGCGGCAGGGAAUACCAACUGAGGAUCACUCAUCCAGACGGAACAGGAUUUCGCAGUGAGUCGGUGCUCGAGGAUGCGGAGGGCCAUCAGCAGAUCGAGGGCGAAAUUCGGUAAUCAUACAAAGAAGGAGGCACUCUGAUCCUCUACUACAAAGCCGGUCCCGAUGGAUAUCGCAGUCGUUACACGUACGAGACAGGCCCACCCCCGAAGCUCACCAAUGGUACGCUCUCCAUAAAGAGAAUCGGUGCGAAUGCUCUGAAAUCAUCAGUGGGUUAAGUAUGAACAAAGAGUGUAAAGUAUC